UCACUUAUAUGUAGAAAAGAUAUAUCAAAGCAAAAACAAGAAACUUUGGAAACAUUCCGCUAGGAAACUUUAGAAUCUUGAACAGUGGAGUUAGACUAUAUACAUUAAAAUGUAAUUAACAAAAUAAUAAACAUGACCAAUAGACAUAAAUUUUAUAUAUAUCAGAAUUUUUUUCUUUAAAUUUUUUAUGUGGCAUAUAAUAUCCAUUUAUAUGUAAUUAAUGCUAUAUAUUGUUCGGAUUAUACAUAUGCGUAAUUGUGUUGGACAUCUAAAGAUGAUAUAAUUCCUCAAACAUUGGGACAGAGAGAGAGAGAGAGAGAGAGGGGAUCAGGACACAAACCCGACAUAAAAGAUCUGAUGAUGAAUUUGUCAACUGAGUGAUCCACUCACUCUUUCCUACAAACCAAACAUACAAAAAUGCCUCCCCAGCUUUAGCGGACCAAGACUGUUACUCUUCCCCUCAUUCUUUCUUCAUUUACAAUCCACUCAUAUAUAUUACAUACAAAUAUAAAUACAUAAACACACACACACACACAUAUAUAUAUAUAUAUAUAUACACACACUAUAACUCUACCUCUCUUUUUCAUCUCUCUAAUUGUCUAACUAAUUUUUGCAAACAUGUAUUAUCUAAUUAGCUCACUCACAUCUCUCUCACUUUCUUCUUUCUUCCUCUUAAUUUUCUUAUCCUCUACAUCAGCAUUCAACAUCACCAAAAUCCUCACCCAACACCCAGACUUGAGAACCUACAAUGACUUCCUCACCCAAACCCAACUGGCCCACCAGAUCAACGACCUCCAAACCGUAACCAUUCUUGCUGUUGACAAUGGAGCAAUGUCAACCAUCUCAAACAGACCAACGGACGUGAUAAAAAAGGUGCUGAGCCUGCAUGUAGUACUGGAUUACUAUGACGUACAGAAAUUCCAACAUUUGCCUAAUCAUACCGUCACACUUACCACCUUGUUCCAAACCUCCGGCGAAGCUUCCGGCCAGCAAGGCUACUUAAAAGCCACCGACGUAAGCACCGGAGGCGUCUCCAUCGCCUGGGGAGCCGGCUCCGGCGUCGGUGCUAACUUGGUUAAGGCUGUUGUUUCUCAACCUUAUAAUCUGUCAGUGGUGCAAAUUAGUACUCUCAUUAUUCCUUCCACUAUUAUUAACAAUUCGAGCUCGGGUUCGGGUUCGGAUUCUCCGUCUCCGUCGGCAUCGUCGCCACGGCCGCCUACUCCUCCGCCGGCAGCGGCGGCGAGUCCUAAUGCCAGUUCACCGAUUGCGAAUCCACCGGCGUGGGCCAAUCCUCCCAGAAGGGCUGGUGCUCCUUUUUCACAUGCUGAUAGCCCCGAUGAUGACAUCCCACCCGCUGAUCGUACGGAUGGUUCAGCUGCUGCGAUAUUUGGUGUUGAUAAUUUUGUUUAUGUUCGUUCCAUGGUUUUGAUUUUCAUUGUCACUUUGUUUCUGAUUUCCAUGAUUUGAUCGAUUAAUAUGAAGUUUUUUAAUUGGAAAUUCAUGUGGGAAAAAAAGAAGGCUGUGUGAUUUUGGUAAUUAAUUUUUUUCACCCUGAUUUGAGUGCACAAUCUUAUAAACUCCUAGAUAGAAAAAAUCACUGUACACAUCUUGAUUAUGAUCAACUAAUGA